AUGCAAAGCAGAAGCAGAUGUAAAGCAGAAGCAAUAGCAGAAGCAGAAGCAGAAGCAGAAGCUAAAGCAGAAGCAGGAGCAGAAGCAGUAGCAGUAGCAGUUGCAGAAGCAGAAGCAGAAAAGCAGAAGCAGGAGCAGAUGCAAAGCAGUAGCAGAAGCAGAAACAGAAGCAGAAAAGCAGUAGCAGAAGCAGAAGCCAAAGCAGAAGCUAAAGCAGAAGCAAAAGCAGAAGCAGUAGCAGAAGUAGAAGCAGAAGCAAUAGCAGAAGCAGAAGCAGAAGCUAAAGCAGAAGCAGAAGCAGUAGCAGUAGCAGAAGUAGAAGCAGAAGCAAUAGCAGAAGCAGAAGCAGAAGCUGAAGCAGAAGCCGAAGCAGAAGCAGAUCAGAAGCAGAAGCAGAAGCAGAAGCAGAAGCAAAAGCAGAAGCAGGAGCAGAUGCAAAGCAGAAGCAGAAGCCGAAAAGCAGAAGCAGUAGCAGUAGCAGAAGCCGAAGCAAUAGCAGAAGCAGAAGCUGAAGCAGAAGCAGAAGUAGAAGCAGAUGCAAAAGCAGAAGCUGUAACAGUAGUAGUAGCAGAAGCAGAAGCAGAAGAAGUUGCAGAAGGAGAGCAGAAGCAAAAGCAGAAGCAGAAGCAGAAAAGCAGAAGCAGGAGCAGAUGCAAAGCAGUAGCAGAAGCAGAAACAGAAGCAGAAGCAAAAGCUAAAAAGCAGAAGCAGGAGCAGAUGCAAAGCAGUAGCAGAAAAGCAGAAGCAGAAGCAGAAGCCAAAGCAGAAGCUAAAGCAGAAGCAAAAGCAGAAGCAGUAGCAGAAGUAGAAGCAGAAGCAAUAGCAGAAGCAGAAGCAGAAGCUAAAGCAGAAGCAGAAGCAGUAGCAGUAGCAGAAGCCGAAGCAGAAGCAGAUGCAAAGCAGAAGCAGAAGCAGAAGAGCAGAUGCAAAGCAGAAGCAGAAGGAGUAGCAGUAGCAGAAGUAGAAGCAGAAGCAGAAGCAGAAGCUAAAGCAGAAGCAGAAGCUAAAGCAGAAACAGAAGCGGAAGCAGAAACAGAAGCAGAAGCAGAAGCAGAAGCAGAUGCAAAAAGAGCAGAAGCAGAAGCAGAAGCUUUAACAGUAGCAAUAGCCGAAGCAGAAGCUAAAGCAGAAGCAGAAGCAGAAGCUAAAGCAGAAGUAGAAGCAAUAGCAGAAGCAGAAGCAGAAGCUGAAGCAGAAGCCGAAGCAGAAGCAGAUGCAAGCAGAAGCAGAAGCAGAAAAGCAGAAGGAGUAGCAGUAGCAGAAGUAGAAGCAGAAGCAGAAGCAGAAGCUAAAGCAGAAGCAGAAGCUAAAGCAGAAACAGAAGCGGAAGCAGAAACAGAAGCAGAAGCAGAAGCAGAAGCAGAUGCAAACAGAGCAGAAGCAGAAGCAGAAGCUGUAACAGUAGCAAUAGCCGAAGCAGAAGCUAAAGCAGAAGCAGAAGCAGAAGCUAAAGCAGAAGUAGAAGCAAUAGCAGAAGUAGAAGCAGGAGCUAAAGCAGAAGCAGAAGCAAAGCAGAAGCAGAAGCAGAUGCAAAGCAGAAGCAGAAGGAGUAGCAGUAGCAGAAGUAGAAGCAGAAGCAGAAGUAGAAGCAGAUGCAGAAGCAGUUGCAAAACAGAAGCAGAAGCAGUUGCAAAACAGAAGCAGAUGCAAAGCAGAAGCAGAAGGAGUAGCAGUAGCAGUAGUAGAAGCAGAAGCAGAAGCAGAAGCAAAAGCAGAAGCAGGAGCAGAUGCAAAGCAGAAGCAGAAGGAAUAGCAGUAGCAGAAGUAGAAGCAGAAGCAGAAGCAGAAGCUAAAGCAGAAGCAGAAGCUAAAGCAGAAACAGAAGCGGAAGCAGAAACAGAAGCAGAAGCAGAAGCAGAAGCAGAUGCAAAAAGCAGAAGCAGAAGCAGAAACAGAAGCGGAAGCAGAAGCAGAAGCAGAAGCAGAUGCAAAGCAGAAGCAGAAGGAGUAGCAGUAGCAGAAGUAGAAGCAGAAGCAGAAGUAGAAGCAGAUGCAGAAGCAGUUGCAAAACAGAAGCAGAAGCAGUUGCAAAACAGAAGCAGAUGCAAAGCAGAAGCAGAAGGAGUAGCAGUAGCAGUAGUAGAAGCAGAAGCAGAAGCAGAAGCUAAAGCAGUAGCAGAAGCAGAUGUAAUAGCAGAAGCAGGAGCAGAAGCUAAAGCAGAAGCAGAAGCAGAAGCUAAAGCAGAAGCAGAAGCUAAAGCAGAAACAGAAGCGGAAGCAGAAACAGAAGCAGAAGCAGAAAAAAGCGAAGCAGAAGCAAAUGCAGAAGCAGAAGCUAAAACAGAAGAAGAAGCAGUAGCAGAAGCAGAUACAGGAGCAGAAGCAGAAGCAGAAGCUGUAACAGUAGCAAUAGCCGAAGCAGAAGCUAAAGCAGAAGCAGAAGCAGAAGCUAAAGCAGAAGUAGAAGCAAUAACAGAAGUAGAAGCAGGAGCUAAAGCAGAAGCAGAAGCAGUAGUGGUAGCGGUAGCGGUAUCAGUAUCAGUAUCAGUAGCAGUACCGAUAGUUGUAGCAGUAGUUGUAGGAGUAGCAGUGGCAAGAACAAGAACGACAACAAUAACAACGACAGCAACAUCAACAACAACAGCAGCAACAUCAACAGUUACAAUAACGAUAACAGCAACUAUAACAGCAAUCGCAAUGACAACAAUAUCAACAAUAAUAAUAAUAACAACAUUAGCAGCACUAACAGUAACAACAACAAUAACAAUAACACAACAACUGCAAGUACAACAAGAACAACAAGAACAACAACAACAAUAA